AUGGAUGCCCCCUCCUUGGAUAUAUUUGAGAGAAAAGCUAAUGCAGGAGGAGCUGAGUCUGUUAGAAGCUUCAUUUCCCUCAUCCUAAUUCUGUUUCCAUCUCAGCUGCUGCAGUAUCGGAGCUGGUGUCGUGAGCUGGAGCAGCGACUUGAAGCAGGAGGGGUGAAUGUGCAGGGAUCCCUUUCAGACAGAUGGGAAACCACUGAACACCGUGCCCUGGAGAAAGCACUCCUCCGGUUAGAAGAAGAGCAGCAAAGGUGUGAGAACCUGGCAAAAAUGAACACCCUCUUGCGGGAACACCUAGAUAAAGCAAAUGAGGUGAAUUUAGCCCUUAAAGAAGAUGUUGGAAAACUGACGGCAGAUUGGAUGAGGGCCCGAGAGGAGCUGGAAUUGAAAGAGAGUGAAUGGCGCAGUGAGCGUGAGUUUCAUGACAACUACUUAAGGGGUGAACAUAACCGUCUUCUGAGCCUAUGGCGGCAGGUGCUGACUUUCCGCCGUCAUUUCCUGGAAAUGAAGACUGCCACUGACAGAGAUUUGUCAGAGCUGAAGGCAGAGCAAAUGAGACUCUCUGGAUCUAUACUUGUGAGCUGCUUCCGUCUGAACUCUGGCGCGCAGCUCUGGGAGUCUGUCACUUUGAGUAGGCCUGUCCCAAAGGAUCAAACACAGCAACAAGUGGAAAGGGAAAUAGACCAGAAGGCUUUGGAAGUGAUGUGCUUACAAGUCAAUGGGGACCAGGAGAAGAAAGAGCUUGAAGAUAGGGUGAUGGAGCUCUCAGCCUUGCUUGUACAGUCUCAGAAGCAAAAUGAGGAGAAAGAGAAGACCGUGAAAACACUUAACGACACUGUGGAGAUGCUAGAAGCAAGUCGGCUAGAGGUAGAAUACGAAGCUUCUUUAACUAAAAAUGCCAAAGAAGAGAAUCUUGCCCUUCAGAAGCUAAUCAAAGAGAUAACUGAGGUGGUGUUAAAUGACAGCGACAGCAAAAUCAACAUUGUCCACACUGACAGUUCCCAGCGUCCAGAGUCUAGCAACAUCCUCUCUUGUCUGAGCUCCCUUGAUGCAGAGCAUGCCUUUGUGUUGGUUCAGGAAACGCUGGCAAGGAGGCAAAGAGCAACACAGGCCCUAAAAGAAGAACUUUCUGCCAAGCAAGACUCUAUCAAUUUUCUGCAGCAUCAGCACAGACAGCAAGAAGAGAAGUGCGAGAAGCUGCAGCAAAGGCUUGAGCAACUGGAGGAGGAAAACAAGGUGUCUAGCAGCCACCAGCAGCACCUUGAGUCUCUGGUACAGGCACUCAAGAAUGACUGCGAAAACCUAGAGAAAAUCAGGGGAGAGCUCCAGCAAAAGCUGGAAUUCAGUGAGCAAGAAGCCUCACAUCUGCGUCGGAGUAACACUGAACUGCAGCUGAAGGAAGAUUCAGCCCAAGGGGAAAAGGUAGAGCAGCAGCUGGCAAUGGAGAGAGCACAUCAUGACCAUGAGCUCCUUCUGAAGGACUUAGCUGCACUUGAAGCAAAACAUUCGUUGUUACAGAGUGAAUUGAUAGCAGCAAGGGAGAAGCUGGAGGAAUCACACCUUCAGAGGGGUCUGCUGAAGCAAGAGAAACAUGAGCUUACAGUGGCACUGGAAAAGGCAGAGAAAUCAGUAGCAGCAUUGACAGGGGCUCAGAAUAAGUUGAAUUCUGAAAUAGCUGAUCUACGUGUUGCCACAGCAAAGAUGAGCAGUAUUAAUGAAGCUCUUGCACUGGAUAAAGUGGAACUGAACAAGCUUGUGUUGCAGCUGGAACAAGAGAAUGAACUUCUGUCAGAUAAAGUGAAUGAGAUGGAGAGGGCAAAGGACUCUGAACAGGAGAAGAUGACCUUGUAUAAAAGAACAAAUGAAGAGCUUUGUGCAGAGAAAUCCCACCUGGAGGAGCUGCUGAAGAAAGCAGAGGAGCAGCAGGAAGGGCUGCAGAUGCAACUGAGAGUACUGGCAGAGGAAAAGGAAGAAACCCAGGAGAAACUCAACCAGGUUUACCGCCAGCAAGAGUCAGCUAGCAGUGGUUUGGAGCAGUUGCGCCAGCAGUCCUCUCGCCAAGAGGAUGCAGUGGCCAAGGUGUCCAAAGAGAAGGAAUUCCUGGUGCAUGAGAAGGCUGCCCUUGAGGUGCGACUGGCAGCUGUGGAACGGGACAGACAAGGCCUUUCAGAGCAGCUGGCAGAGGCCAGGUCAGCGAAGGACACCCUGGAAUCCAGCCUGUUUGAGGCUCAGCAGCACUCAUCUCACUUGGAGAUCACCAAGAGUCAGCUUGAAAUCCAACUUCAUACAAUCAUUCAGGCUAAGGAAGUGAUACAAGGGGAAGUGAUGUGUCUUCAAUAUGAGCUGGAAACAGAGAGAUCUCUAAUGAAGCAGGAACGGGAAAACAUGGCACAACGACUCAUUCAGAUAGAACAGCAGCAUAACAAUACCCUGAAACUUCAGCAAACUGAUCAUGAAGUGGAAAUAAACAAACUCCUACAAGACCUGGCAAGUGAACGAGAAGGGCGCCAUUUAGAGCUACAGGAGAUGCUGGAGCUCUGGGAAAAGGAGAAAGCAGAGACAGAAGGACAGCAUGAGAAGAAGCUGUUUCAUAUGAAGGAGAAAGUUGCUACCAUGCAAGUUCAACAAGAAGAGGAACGAACUAGGUUUGAAAGUGCCAAUCAGGAGAUCUUGACAGAGAAGGAGAACGAGAAGAAAGCUUUAUUAGAGACGCUACUCCAAACUCAGGGAGAACUAACAGCAGCCUGCCAUCAGCUUGAGCAACUCAGGCAGGAGGUAAAAGAGCAGCAGGAGUAUGAGCAGAACAUUACAGAAAAACUGCAAGCAGAGCUACAGGAAGCUCACUGUAAGAUCAAGAUGGUGGAGAAUAUGCACAAGGAAGAAAUUGAAAACAUCAGAGAGGAAAAGAAUAUCUUUCUUCAGCAGAGGGAUGAUCUACAAAAACAGGUAGAAGAGCUGACAUCUCAGCUAGCAGCCUCUGAAGAGUCCCAUCAAGCGAUUGGCCAUAAAGCUCAGCAAGAUCUGAGUGAGGCACAAGAGUUGUCCAGGCAGAAGGUAUUAGAGGUUGUACACCUUCAGAAAAUCUUGGAGGAGGAGAGGGGCCAAUGGGAAGAGGUGGAACAUCAGAACAAAGAGCUGCAGGUGUGCCUGCAGUCCUUAGAGGGGGAAAAGAGUCGAUGGGAAGAAGUAGAACGUCACAACACAGAAUUUCAGGCUUCGCUGAAGGCUCUAGAGAGCGAAAGAGACAGGCUAUCUCUGUCUCUGGAACAGAAGGAAUUGUGCCUCAAGACCUUGGAAGAAAACAACCUUGUCCAGCAGAACGAGGUGUCUAAACUCCAUUCUGCUAUUCAACAGGCUCAGCAGCUCCACUCAGACCACAGAAGAGAAAUACAAGAGCUCAACAGCCAGGUACAGACACUGCAGGAAGUGGUGCUGGAGAAGGAGGCUAGCCUGGCAGCUCGGGAGAAGCAGCUGUUACGGGAUCUGGAGGAGUCUCAAGCAGGCGAACGGUGCUUGAGGGACUCUUUGCACGUGCUGGAGGCUGAGAUGGCCGAACUUCAUUUGAGGCUUUGUAGCACAGAGAACAGAGCAAAGGCAUUGGCUACAGAGUGCCAGCAGGCUAAUAACGCCCACUGUGAAGCCCGGUCCCAGCUGGACAAAUUGCACUUGGUUCUUCACCAUGUACUGUGUGACAGCACUGAGAAAAGCAGAGACUUAGUCACAUGGAGUUCAGAACAGGAUCGUGUUUGGAACCUAACUGUUUCUCAGGCCAAGGACCUCCCUGUAGAGCUCAUGGUGGACAGAGUGGCAGCAGCCCUGCAAGACCUGCGUCAGGACCUGAAGCAAACUCAGCAAGAUCUGAAUGAUGCUGGGAAGAAAGUGCAGGACCUGGAACUGGAGCUGAGCAAGAGGCAAGCUGAGAGGGACCACUUCAGUGCCUGCAAUCAGGAGCUACAGAAACAGCUGGCUCAAAGCCAGGAAGAGACACAGAUGGCAGAAGGCAAGAAGAACUUUUUACAAGCAGCCUUGCAGGCAGAGGCUGCUGCUCUGAAGAAGGAGGCUAUGACACUACAUCAAGAGGUGGCAUCUUUGGAAAGGAAACUUGAGAGCACUGAGAAGCAAAAAAAGGAUGUGCUGCAUGAGCGGGACAGACUGCAAGCAGUUGAAGAAAAACUGAUGUGGGAGAUAAAUCUACUUCAGGAAUCAAUCACAGCCUCAGAAACACGAGCAAACACAGCAGCAGAUAUGAAUCACUCCCUCGAACAAGAGCUACAAACUACAUUAUCUGUCUUGCACAAAAAUAAGGAAGUGGACACUCAGCGGGAGAAAAUCCAAGUGCUACAGAAAGAGGCAGCAGAUGUAAAAGCUUUGCAGGAGAAUCUUACUCAAAUGAAUGCCAUCCUGUCAAAGAGAGAGGGAGAAAUGAAGUUUUACCAGGAACAGAUGAGAAUGCUGGAAAGCCAGAAAGAAAUGCAUAAAACUACUCUAGAUCAAGUUAUUAAGGACAUAAAAGAGAAAAAACAGAAGACAGAAUCCCAGCAAGAACAAAUACAGGAGUUAGAGAAGCAGCAAGAACUACAGAGGACUGCUAUAAGCAAAAUGAGCAAAGACCUGGAAGACAGAGAUAAGAAGAUCAGAUCCCAGCAAGAAGAAAUAUGGGAGCUGGAGAAGCAACAAGAACUGCAGAGAACUGCUAUAGGCAAGAUGACUAAAGACCUGGCACACAGAGACCAGGAGAUCACAUCCCAGCAAGAAGAGAUACGGGAGCUAGAGAAGCAGAGAGAACUGCAGAGGGCUGCUGCAAGUAAGAUGAGCAAAGAUCUAAAGGAGAAGGAUGGGAAGAUAAGAUCCCAGCAAGAACUGAUAGAGGAGCUAGAGAAGCAGCAAGAACUGCAGAGGACUGCCCUAGGCAAAAUGAGCAAAAACCUGGAGGAGAGAGAUCAGAAGAUCAGAUCCCAGCAAGAACUGAUAGAGGAGCUAGAGAAACACCAAGAAAUGCAGAGGAAUGUUGUAAAUAAGAUGAACAAAGAUCUGGAGGAGAGAGAUGGGAAUGUAAGUUCCCAGCAAGAACUGAUAGAGGAGCUGGAGAAGCAUCAAGAACUGCAGAGGGCUGCUGUGAACAAAAUGAACAAAGACCUGGAGGAGAGAGAUGAGAAGAUCAGAUCCCAGCAAGAACUAAUAGAGGAGUUAGAGAAGCAGCAGGAACUGCAGAAGACUGUUGUAAGCAAGAUGAGCAAAAACCUGGAGGACAGAGACCAGAAGAUCAAAUCCCUGCAAGAACUAAUAGAGGAGCUAGAGAAGCAACGAGAAAUGCAGAGGUCUGCUGUGAGCAAGAUGAGCCAAGACCUGGAGGAGAGAGACCAGGAAAUUAAAUCCCAGCAAGAAGAGAUACAGGAACUGGAGAAGCAACGAGAACUGCAGAGGACUGUUGUAAGCAAGAUGAGCAAAGAUCUGGAAGAGAGAGACCAGAUGAUCAAGUUUCAGGAAGGGAAGCUAAUAAUUCUAGAACAACAUGGUACAUCACAGGUGAGAAGUUUGCUAGUGGAUCUUGAUCAGUUGAAAGGGAACUUGAAGGAGAAAAACUUAGAGCUGAUGUCUCUAAAUCAGCAGAUCAAAGAACUGGAGAUGGAGAGAGAAGAGGUGAAAUCUUUGCACACAAGCCUUGAACAGCUCAGAGCAGAUCUUAGGGAUAGAGAGAAUGAGUCUGACUCUCAAAGGGAUCAGUUAAGAUUCUUUCAGCAGUACAAGGAGCAUCAAGAGGAGUACCUGCAAGAGCUUCAGGAUAAAGUAGAAAAAAUGACACUUUCCUUAUCUAAAAAAGAUCAAGAGCUUGAGUCACAGCAAAAGCAAAUCCAGGAAGCUGAAGAAGUCAUGGAAAAGAAGUUGAAGAUUGUUUGCGACCAACUGGAGCAGACAUUAGAAACCUUAAAUGAAAAGGAAAGACUCCUAGACAUCCAAAAGCAACAAACAAGGGAAUAUGAGGGAAAAACAGAACAGAUGAAUGUCUUAUGUAGAGACUUAGAAUGCUCUAAGGCGAUUUUGAGAGAGAAGGAUCUAACGAUUGAAUCUCAGAAGGAACUGAUUGAGACCUUCCGAAAACAAGAAAAAGACUCUAUGCAGCAGAAAGAAAUUCUGCAGCAUCUUAAAGGGUCUUUAAAGGAACAAGAACAGGAAACUCUAUCCCUUAGAAAGCAGUGUGAGGCAUUUAAAGAAAUGGAGGAAAAGCACAAAACUGAUCAAGUGAUUCUUCAAGAAACAAAAAUGAGUCUGAAAGAAAGAGAAAGAACGAUAGAGGUUUUAGAGGAAGCUAUCUCUAAGCUUCAACAACAAAAUGACGAUACGAUGAUGCAGACUGCAGCUAUAGUGCAGAAACUAGAACGUGCUGAAUCUUCCCUAGCAGCUAGAGAUCAAGAGAUAGCAUCUCUGAAAGAGCAUGUCCAGGAACUUCAAGAACAGAAGGAGUCAGAAGCUAAACAGGCCAAAAGUCUACAGCAGGAUCUAAACAAAAUGAGCAAAACAAUAAAGACAAACAACUUGGAGAUUCUCAAACAGUCAGAGCAGAUUAAUGUGUUUCAUAUUCGUGAAGAAAGUAUGAAAGUAGCACUAAUGUCUUGCCAGAAUCAAGUGAGUCUGCUUGAGGAAGUGGUAAGAAAGAGAGAUGAAGACAAUGAAACUCUUCUACAAAAACUCCAGCAGCGAGAAGAAGAACUGAAGACCUUGCAGAAUCUCCAGCUUAUGCUAUCUGAGAAGAAAGAGGAGAUUAAACAUCAUGGAGAGGAAGAGAAGUUCCUGGAAGAAGCUUUGCAUGGGAGAGAACAGGAGACAAAGGCUCAAGGUGAGCAAAAAAAGUUAGAAGAUGAGGAAAUAAGAGGUCUUCAUGAAGAUCUCCAGCAUGUUCAGCAGACUCUGACAAAGAAGGAUGAAGAAAUCAAAUACCAGAGAGACAGAGUCAAGUAUUUAGAGAAAACUCUGACAGGGAAAGAAAAAGAGCUGAGGAGGCAGAGUGAACUCUUGAAACAAUUAACAUCAGCUCUGGAUUGGAAAGAUGAAGGGGAGACUCUAAAGAAACAAAUCCAGAAACUCCAAAAAUGGGAGGAAGAAGAAGCAGAGAAGAGGAGGGUUCUCCAAGAGAGAGACCAAUUCUUGAAAAGGCAAAAAGAACUAGCUCAACAACUGGAAGAGGAGAGGAAAGUAAAGGGGGAAGAAUUGAAGCGUGUGAUUGCUAUUUUGAAGCAGACUGAAAGUGGAGAAAUCGAAUGGAAAGAGAAGGCACAAGCACUGACUCUUGCCCUUUCUAAGAGUGAAAUGACCAAUGGGACUUUGAGGGAAGAAAUAGCCAUCCUGCAGAGUAUGGUUUCAGAGAGGGACAAGGACCGGUUUCAUCUUCAGGAGGCUAUUGAAGGCGGUGAGAACCUACCGUGGCUUUUGGAGAAGAAGGUCCUAUGGCAGCGGCUGGAGUGUCUGCAGCAAGCAGUUGCAAGGCUGGAACAUGAAAAGUCUGAGCUGAAGCAACUCAAUGCUGAGCUCAGGAUAACUCUUGAGCAGGUGGAACAUGAACGCAGGAGACUGAAGAGAAGUUGUAGUCGCCAGUCACAGCCAAGUGCAAACAGGUUUUCUUUCUUGGAAUCUGAUGAGGACAAGAUGCCUGCUUCUAGAAAGGAGGAGGCUCGUGCUCUCUGCAAUCAAUUAGCUGAUUUACAGAAUCAGGUGACUCUUCUGCAGCAGCAGUUGGCACAAGAACGAAAAUACAAGCAGGACUAUAUUGAGUGUUGUGCAAAGACCAGCCAGGAGCUGUUGGACCUUCACCAAGAGCUGUCUUACUCCCUGGAGACUGUGGUCAGGGAGCCCAGAGCUGCUGUUCUGGAGGCAGAGACUCAGAAGCUGGAUCGAUCUCUGAACCAUACCUUGGCACUGAUAUCUCUGGACUGUCGAUCUCCUGAGAGACAGCUGUUGCACUCAGCAGUGAGAUCCACCACAAGGGAUGGCCUGAGGUAACAGGAGCAGUGUGCAGCUAGAGCUGAGUUGGAGACCUGCAUUAGCAGGUGAUGAGGUGACUGGUGCAGAGCACGGGUACUGAGGUAAGAGAGAAGUUUGGAGCACUGCAGGGUCUCCAGCAGCAGUGGUGGGACAAAUCUGAUGCUGGCUGGCAUGGAUGGGGUCAGGGCAUAAGCCUGACGAGAAGGUCAGCCGCCGCCUUCUUCCGAAGCACUCCAUCAUGGCAUGCCUCACCAGCCUGCAAGUGGCUCUCCAAGUUAGGUUAUUCCUGUCAGCUUCUGAACUGUUUACACAGACUUUUUCAAUAAACUUAUUUCCUCAAAACA